AUGUCCAGCCACGAAGGUGGCAAGAAGCAGCCCCUGCAACAGCUCAAGAAGCAGGCCAAGGAGAUGGACAAGGAAGAUAAGGCUUUCAAGCAGAAACAAAAAGAGGAGCAGAAGAAACUAGAGGAACUGAGGGUGAAGGCCACGGGAAAGGGCCCCCUGGCCACAGGUGGAAUUAAGAAAUCUGGCAAAAAGUAA